AUGUCGCGGAUGCCGCGGAGACGCCCACCAGCCGCGACAGACCCUGAAUUAGGGUUUGCUGCUACCGCCCGUGGAGCAGCCGGACCGCUCUGUCCCUCAAGAAGGUGGGCUUGCACGCUCAACAAAUACAACAAGGAGCGGGACGACUAUGUCAUCAAAAGCAGAGCACACGCAGCUGCCAUCGCCGAUCACGAAGCUGCCACUGGAAAACUUGCAGAAUUCAAAGCCGCCUCCAAAGAGUACUCUGCUAAGCUCCGUCAGCACCACUCCGAUACAGCUGCAUGGCGCAUUGCUGACCGCCGUGCACUUACUAUCAUCUUCUCAUGCGUUCCCUCCUCUCUCAAGCGUGACCUUCGCCCCCCAUCCUCCCCCUCCCUCUGGAAGUCUCUCUCCUCCCAAUAUGAUCGCCAAGACUUACGUUCCCUCCUCUCCCUCUUUCGCACCUUCCAAGACAUCACACUGGACUCCUCCCUCAACGCUGCUUCCUUCGCUCGGCGUCUUACGGACACUGCACAACGUCUCAAUGAUCGUGGCAUCUUGAUCUCCGACACCCUCCUCACAGCACGCAUCCUUGACUGCCUCCCACCCACCUACGACAUUUACCGCAUCAAUUUCACCUCCCAGCACAUCCGUCCUCCUCCUGUGGCUGUUACCAUCGACUGGCUCCUUGACAGUGAGGCUAACCUUCUGCGUGAAUCUGCCUCCAUCAAUGCCGUUCAUGCGCGCAAAGGAACAAACACCGGCGGAAGCAGCGGGGGCGGACCACGACGUGGCUCGGGCGGUGGUGGAAGAGGAGGCGGUCGCGGAGGUGGACGAGGAGGGCGCACUGGGGAACGUGGCGGGCGUGGGGCAACCACUUCAACCACGGGUGGGCUCCCUCCAUGCCAGUAUGUCAUUCGCCAAGGCCCUAACAAAGGUCAGACCUGCAACCAGACCACCCAUCCCACUGAUACGUGCUUCAAAGCUCUCACCGACGAAUGGCUUGCACGCGGCAACACGGGCCCUCCUCCACGUUGGAGCACCAUCACCCCUCGCCCGACCCCUCAUGACAUUCGCACCCUCCCCGCCUAUGCACCAUCUCCCCCCAACCUCCAUAAUGUCCUCGCCCAACACCUCUCCCCUCACGUCCUCCAGCAAGUCCAACACCUCCUCCCCACACCCACCACCACCCCAACGCCUCCCACCCUCACCACACCCACCCUCGCACCUCAAACCCCUCCCUCCCCCUAUCCUCCUCUCUCCCCUUAUCCUCCUCCUUACGCUGGCUGGCCCUACCCUCCCUACCCCCCAUCUCUGUAUGGCCAUGGGACAGCUGCAACUGCUGCAACUGCUGAACUACCCACCUCUCCCUCUCACCCCCCCGGCUUCACACCCAAGUCCAACACCUCCUCCCCACACCCACCACCACCCCAACGCCUCCCACCCUCACCACACCCACCCUCGCACCUCAAACCCCUCCCUCCCCCUAUCCUCCUCUCUCCCCUUAUCCUCCUCCUUACGCUGGCUGGCCCUACCCUCCCUACCCCCCAUCUCUGUAUGGCCAUGGGACAGCUGCAACUGCUGCAACUGCUGAACUACCCACCUCUCCCUCUCACCCCCCCGGCUUCACACCGUUUCCUUCCACGGGUUUCAUAG